GGCUUUGCUUUGAGCUAAGGAAUCUCUAUCAUGGUCAAUUGGUGAUCUCUUUUUAUAAGCUGCUUCUAACAGUAUUUAAAACCUUAGUAUAACUACUGCGUCGCUGGAUCAGAUUGUGUCCAGAUUUCAAUAGAUACGCCACGCGCACAAAUACAUAUUACAUAGAUUUUAUGCCCUUAAUUAUUUUGAUUUCCAACUCUAUUUAUAUUUUAAUUUUCAAUUAGUUACAAUAAUGUGUAAUAAAAUAAUAUAAAUGAUUGGAUUAAAUUAACUUAAUUAUUUGUUUUGCUUUUGGAUGAAUUCCAACACAAAAGACUUCGAUGAUGAUUCGAACGAAUUAUUUCCCUCUCCCUCUCUGUAAUCUAAUUAUUCUGCUCUAAUUGAGAAACCCAAAAUUUAUUAUAAAAAUCGGACUUAUCACAAGAUUAUUUUCAUAUUGACCCAAGUUGAAGGGGUUUAUUAUAAAAUUACGUAUGUUACUUAUUUCCAAUAUUUUUAUAAAUCAAGAUUCGAACAGUACUGUAAUAUUAUGUGAUUUGUGGUAGAUAAAAAUAUGUGCCAAUGUUUGUAUUGUAUUAUAUUCUUCACAACGAGUAUAAGGAAUGAGAUUAUUGUAAAAACAAAAUGGUAUCACUUUUCAUUAAUCUUGUGACUAUCAUUAUAAUCAAGGAGAUAAUAUUAUCAACAUAAUGACGUGCAAUAUAGAGUCAUUGAAACAUAAGACCACCGUAGGUUGAGACUUCAAUUAGUCUUGCAUACCUCUAGUUAUUGCUCUUAUGUUCAUAGAAGGAAAAUGCCAAGAGAUCCUUAUGAAAAUAUAACAAGAUGGAUCAAUUAUGCCUAUUUUAACAUGAAGCAAAUUAUACAUCAGUUAUGCCCUAAAUUAAAUAUCAUGUCAAGAUCCGCAAUCUGACUACUAAAGGCUAACCACAAGUCUUCUUCUUCAACAAUUAUUGAUGCUCUUCAUCAAGAACUAAAACAUUAAGAAAAUUCGCACAAAAGAAAUGAAAUGGUGCUACGAAUGAUGGAUCACCAUUUCUGUGACAUGCAUUUCAACUUGGUAAGGUAAUUUCUUUGGGACAAGCUAGUGAGAAAUGGGCUCUGAGUUGUUUCGAACGAUUGUAAUCACUAUUUAAUUGUUCUCUCCAUGUUCUUUAUUUUUUCUUUGGAUGAGUACUGUAAUGCACAACCCUUAGAAGAUAAAUAUAAAAACCUAUGUAUGCGCAUGCUCAUUUCAUAAGAUAUGUAACAUAUGGUUUUGAAGGACCAUUUAUUCUUUUUUUUGAUAAAAAUAAAACAUGUACGUACAGAUUGAUAUUUAAUAAAUUAAUAUUUUAAAUUUUAUUUUGGAUCAAUUCUCAAUAUAUAGUAUAAUUAGAUAGAAUAGUAAGAUAAUAGUUUUUAGAAUUCUUAUGAUUUUUAUUAAUAUCAUCAAAUUAUAAUUAACGUAUAUGAAGUUUAUAGAAUAAAAAAAAUUUAACCUUUUUCUAAUUUUUAAUAUUUUGGUUUUACUUUUUUUUUGUGCGACAACUAACAGCUAUUCUAUUACUCAAACUUGAAGUGGUCUGGGUAACCAAACCGGAAUAGAACAACCAAUAAAAUAUUGUUCAAGCUUAAGACUUGAGGCUCCUCAGUGCUGUGAUCUUGUACAAUUGGCGGCACGCUCUCAUUUGUAUUAAACCAUGCUUGACAUUCACUCUCUGCAUAACGAACUAACUCCAAUGGAUUUCUGUGUAUCCCCCUAAAGAGCUUGUCAUUAUGAACCUUUCAAAUGUACCAAAUUAUUCAAGGAUAAGGAUUCAUGUCUAAUUCAAGUUCAACAAUGAUGUUUUUCCUCCAAAAGAGAUAGUCCAUAUUAGCAUAAAUACUCGGUACCGUGAAGAUACCUGGACUUGUUGGGAUCGAUGAUAGGGACCAAACUUGUAGAGCAGGCGGACACUCGAAUAUGACAUGAGUUACAGAUUCUUCUGGUUCUCCACAUCGUGGACAAUAAUUAUCGCACCUCAUAUUACGCCAUACUAAGUUCCUCGUUACAGCGACAUGACAUGUUAUCAAUUACCAUAUAAGAUGACAUAUUUUUUUAGGCGUUUUUACCUUCCAAGCAAAGGAUUGGAGCUUGGUAAUACUUGGUUCUAGUACCUCCCUUUCUUUCUUAGAUUUUAAUAAGUUCUGAGUUACCCAAUAUCCAGAUUUAACUGUGUACUGGCCAUUCUUAGUAUAGGACCAACAGAAUGUAUCACGACGAUGAGUUGAGCUUAUGGCCAAACUCCUUAUAAGUGGUAUAUCUGCAGAGCUAACAUAAUCUUCCAAUAGACCAACAUUCCAUUCCUUUGUCACCUAAUCAAUAAGGUCACUAACUCUCAUAUUUUAAUGGGACUAUCUUUUAAAAAAAAUAUAUUUUAUAUUUGCAUUUAUACAGUCAUAUAUAAAAGUGUUAAAUGUAAAAUACAUUUUGAAAAAUAUAAGAAAAAAAAAAUAUUUUGUAGAGAUCAUGAUAAAUUUUAAAUAAAUUUGAUGUUACUGAAUGAAUUUAAUAGUAAAACUAAAAUAUAUAAAACAUUUUAUGUCAUUAUAAUAAGAAAUUCAGACUAAAUUUUUGUUAAAAGAAAACAUUUUAUAAUUAUAAAAAAAAAUAUUUUGAAUAGAUUUUCAAAAUGUCAUGACCUUUUGUAGUAGAAAUUUAAGGCUUUUAUUUGAUCUGUGUAGAGAUUUGUCUGUAUUUGUAAUGACAGAAAUUACGUGGGAGUUUUUGUGAAUAAGCAAAACAAUUGGACCAAAGGCGUUAUUCUUAAGCAUUGCUACUCACGAGUGAAUGUUAACGUGUCAGUGUAUGAGUGGUUCAUAACACCUAUGCUAUGUUUUUAUUGUUCUUUCUUUUAAAAUAAAAAAAAAUGAUUAUAUUUGGGCGGCGAUCGGACGGUGAAGAGGCAACUAGACUUCAAAACUUAGGAAUAGUAAACGUUGGAUGAGAGUAUCUAAUAAGAACCGUAGGAUGAGAUUGUAUCGUAAAUCUAUCCGUCAAAUAUAAUCCCGAAAUUGAAAUUUGAAAAGAUGUAUUAGAGAGAGGGACGACGAGAGAAGAAGCUCUUUCUCUCUCAAAGAAGAAGAAGAAACCCAAAGUCUCUGUCUUUUCUUCAAAUCUCUCUUCUUCUUCUUCUUCUUCAUUCUGGUGUUCAAAUCCCUAAUUUUCUCGAUCUCUUUACAAGCGGAUCAAAUUUCGAAUUUCAAAAUUGCCGUUUUGAGUUUCAGUGUAUACGCCGAUUCGGGUCGAGGGUUUUCUAGUGCGGAAGUGAUUAAUCCGCCAUCGGAUCUUGAAUCCUCCGAGCUGAUCCGUUGCGUUGAUUAUAAUAAGCUCUGAGCUUUAAAAUUUUUCUGGGUUUCUGCGGAUACUGAGAAAUUUGAAAAUCCUUCAGAUGGGAGAAGGAGACGAUUUCCCGCCUAAAACGGAGGGUUCAGAGGAGUUUGAUGCCCCGACGAAGAAGACGGCGAGGCAACUCGACUUCGCUGGUGGGCAUUCACAGGCUAAUCAAGCUCCUGCCACGGUGGCGGCGGCGGCGGUUCCACCUUUACAAUCUCCUCAAGUCCCAAUCAGGCUUCCGAAGCCAGAAUCUCCGAAACCUAAGCCAAGGCCUGUUGUGGUGGAAGCUGGAGAUGGAACUCCUAUGAAGAAGAAACACUGUAACUGUAAACACUCUCGCUGCUUGAAGCUGUAUUGUGAAUGCUUUGCAUCCGGCACUUACUGUGAUGGUUGCAACUGUUUGAACUGUUUCAACAACGUCGACAAUGAACCCGCUAGACGAGAAGCCAUUGAAUCAACUCUCGAACGCAAUCCUAAUGCCUUCAGGCCUAAAAUCGCUAGCAGUCCACACGACCCACGAGAUAACAGGGAGGUGGUUGGUGGAGUUGUGAUGUUAGGGAAGCACCACAAAGGCUGUCACUGCAAGAAAUCCGGAUGUCUCAAGAAGUACUGUGAGUGCUUUCAGGCAAACAUUCUUUGUUCUGACAAUUGCAGAUGCUUGGGGUGCAAAAACUUCGAAGGAAGUGAAGACAGGCUAGCUCUCUUUCACGGUGAGCAUUCACAUGGUGCGGCUUAUCUCCAACACGCAAAUGCUGCCAUAACUGGAGCUGUAGGUUCCUCGGGGUUUGCAUCUUCUCCUGCUCCUAAGCGAAGGAAAUCUCAAGACAUUUUCUUCAACCAAGCAGCCAAAGAUUCAUCUAUUAAUAGGCUUGGCCAGGGAAGUAGCGGGAAAACAACAUCUUCAAAACCUGUUGCUCGUCAUGGAGGCCCAUCCAAAGUUGUAUAUAGGUCUCUCUUGGCAGAUAUAAUUCAACCACAGGAUGUGAAAGCACUUUGUUCUGUUCUGGUUGCUGUAUCUGAGGAAGCAGCCAAGACAUCAACAGUGAAACGGUUGGAAGAUCAGACAGAAACUUCAUUAGCUUCUUCUGCGCAAGACAAUAACAAUGGUACAGAGAUUGAAAAAGCUGCGAGUGGAAAUGAAGCUGGUGCAGAUGAGUCCAAUUCGGAUGGCUCAAAAGGAAAGUCACUGUCUCCAGAAACCUUGGCGUUGAUGUGUGAUGAACAGGACACUAUGUUAAUGGUUGCAGCUUCAUCUAAUUAUUCGGUGGAGCCACCAAACGGGCAAGACCAAGGUUAUGCAGAGAAGGAGAAAAUAGUAUUAACCAAGUUCCGUGACUGCCUUAACCGAAUCAUCUCAUACGCAGAACUAAAAGAAUCAAAGUGUUCUUUGUCAAGGAUGGAUACAGAGUCACCUGUACACGCGGCUGUGAAAACCGAGCCGGUGGUUCAACAAGGAGAAGUGGCGAACGGAGUUUCACAAACCACAAUACAACAACCUUCCCAGCUAACUUCUUCAUACACACAAACUCAACAGCCUCAAGCUCCAUCUGAGAAGAAAGAUCUAUGAAUCGAGACAUUUUACUCCUAACAUUACUUUACAGAGAGCAACAAUGGCAGCUGAAUCCGAUUUUCCAUGCUUAAUUUAUGAGGUAACAGCCACCAAUAAUGGCAGAUGAUUACAAUAAAUGUUCACGAAGGUUGUGUUAUUAGACUUUAUUUUCUUAGUUCUUCCAUUAAAAUUCUUGGUUUUGAUUUAUAAAUGUUUUUUUACGACUUGUUGACAUUAUCUGUGUACAUUGCUGUUACUUAGUCCACUCGAUUUUUUUUACAUA